UCACUUUUACAACUUUCAAAUUUCCCGCCGGUUCCGUCCCCCGUACGUCCCGACAUCGCAGGGAACAGAACCCAGAAGACAGAUGCCGGCAUCGGCCGGAGGACAUUACAAGGGACACUGCAGGGGGGACAUCGCGGGAGCUCAGGACAAGGUAAGUGAAGAACACAUGCCGGAGCAGCGCCGCAUGGUAUUCCCGAGUGUAGCUCGGGGUUACCGCUUUUGGUACUGAAAUGUUACCCCGAGCUACACUCGGGAAUACCGCCAGGGAGGUUAAUG